ACCUUUCAUAGGUUUUGCAAAUUAAUAAUACUUCUUCACAUAUUCCCACUAUGUUUAAAUCAUAUGAACUCGAUGGAAAUUACAUUGUGUUUAAUGUGACCUGUGACCUGUGAACUGAAUAGAGGGGAAGUGAUACCACCGUUUGAAUGUGUUCCUUCUUGAAUCCGUAGACACUUGUUAAUAAUGAAAUGCAUUGGGUCGAUGGUGAUGUCAUGUUGUUAGUAUAUUCCAUAUCCCGUAUCAUUAAAUUAUGUUAUCUUGUAUUCUCAUUCUUUAUUGUGGAUCUUGCUCCUAUGUCUCUUGAUUGUGAAACUGAUUAAUAGCCCUUCUAUGAAUUUGUGAAACCCUGCUUCCAAUUUCGUACAUACUAAAGUACAUUCUUGAGGUUUGUGAUAUGUGUUUUUGUUUUUUUUUGGUUUCGAGAUAUGUGUUUUAAGGUGAACAAUGAGUUAUAGUUUACCAAUUACUUUACAGAUUUUUAUUUCCCCCAUAUAUUUGUGUUUGGAUAUCAUAUCUUCUGAGUAUAUAGCUACCAGUCAUGAUGUUUCUUCCUUUGAUGUCCCUAUUGCUUUUUGCACCUUCUUACCAAGGUCAGUGACAUUAAUGAAGUUAAUUUCUUAUCUUUUGAGGUUUUAACACCCAAGCAUUCUAGGUUCCAAGUUUGAGCUUCAGGUAAUUUAGCAACCAUUGCAAGCUAUACAAUUUAGAGUAAACUAGUUUCAGUACUAGUAAAAAUGUUGGGAGGCAACAGUGGUAAUCCUGUUCUUCCAGUUUUCCUGGAUGAGAAUCGUUUUCAGUAUCAGACUAAUUCAUCGAAUCAACUGCAGUUAUUUGGAAAUUUACCAGUUGGGUGUAACAUCGAUCAAGUAAAUUAUUUUGGAAAUGAGCAUAUCACUCCUCUGCUGCGGCCCAAUAAACGAGGCAGGGAAAUGGAAGAUUUCUCCAGGCAGCAGAAGCUGCAGAUCUCCUUGAAUUCAAACAUCUGCCAAGAUGAAGCUGAUCGUUCUGCAAGUAUUCCGAAGCCAAACCCUGUAUCAACAGGAUUAAGGCUAUCAUAUGAUGAUGAUGAACGUAACUCAUCUGUAACUUCUGCAAGUGGUAGUUUGAAUGCUGCACCACCAAUCAUCUUGUCUCUUGGUGCCAAUGUUAGGACUGAGCUUGAUCGUCAGAAAGAAGAAUUUGACCAGUAUAUCAAAAUUCAGGAAGAACACUUGGCAAAGGGGGUUAGGGACUUGAAGCAGAGACAAAUGGCUUCAUUCCUUUCAACUAUAGAGAACGGUGUGGGUAAGAAACUCCGAGAGAAAGACCUAGAGAUAGAAAACAUGAAUCGCAAGAAUAGGGAACUGAUUGAGAGAAUAAAGCAGGUGGCUUCAGAAGCCCAGAAUUGGCACUACAGAGCCAAAUACAAUGAGUCUGUCGUUAAUUUCCUGAAGAACAACCUGCAGCAGGCAAUUUCACAGGGUGCUGACCAAGGGAAGGAAGGAUUUGGAGACAGUGAGGUUGAUGAUGCCGCAUCAUACAUUGACCCAAACACCUAUUUAAGCAUUCCCGGUGGAUCUUCAAAAUCAGGUUCUAGGUAUCAUCACAUGACAUGCAGAGUAUGCAAGAAAAAGGAAGUCUCUGUUUUGUUGAUGCCUUGUAGGCACCUUUGUUUAUGUAAAGAUUGUGAUGUGUUGGUCAGUGUUUGUCCUGUCUGCCAGUUUGUGAAAAAGGCCAGUGUCCCAGUGUGCCUGUCCUAAAUGAUAAAGCAAUUUACUCGAAAAUGAAAAUUACUUGCACGCCGAAUGGCACUGUCGUGAAACUAUGAAUUGUAAAAAAGAUAAAAGAAUUUGGGUAAUUUUCUUUUUGUAUA